AUGAAGUUCUUACUACUUUUGUGAGUGUAUAUUGGGGUUGUUGCAGCCAAUGUGUGUCAAAAUAGCGCCCUGACAGUAACGACACCUCUCUCUGGAAGUUUUGGAAUGACAGGAAUUACCUAUACCUACUUUACAACAAUUUUAGAAGAUCAAGAUAGUGAAUUACUCUAUUUUGUUGGAAUAUUCAGGCUGGUGUCUCCUCACGAUACUAUUAUUUAUAAGACAGGACCUGAGCUUACCAAACUCAAAGUCAUGACUUAUGAUAUCGAUAGUGUGUACAUUUCCUAUGCAAUGAACCCUAGUAAAGACUUUAUAUACUUUCAGGAUCAGACAACCAGCAAAUUGUACGAGAUCAGGACUUCUGACUUGUUAAUAUCAAGAGAGUUGGGAGUUAGUUCUACCUCAUUCUCUUUGAAGUGAAACAUGAAAAUUGGAAUGGGUUUCUAUUACAGCUUUAUAAUUAGCUCAGUAAUACACACUUGUAGAUGGAACCUGCCAAAUACUAAUCUUGACUGAUUCACAUUUGGGGUAGAUAGUCCGGCCAAUUUUGCUCCAAUAAAUGAAGAACUGCUAUUUUUUGGGUCAGUUGACACAGUAGCUGAUCAGUACUAUCUGAUAAAUUACAAUUUUACAGCGCCAUCCAGCAUAGUGUGGAAAAAGAGUAUCGCCUGCCCCACUUCAGGCUGACAGAGUAAAUAUAGUGGCUCCCUUCAGAAUGAAGAUUGGAUUUACACUAUGGUUCUGUAUGACCAAAACUUUAUUUUUCAUAAAUUAAGUGUCACCGAUGGAAGUCCUCAAAACUCUGGGCUGAUUUAUAAUGACAGUGGAUAUUAUCGAAGUUAUUCAAUGGAAGAGUUUAGCGAUUUUAUUGCAGUCUUGAUUCAAGCUGUGCCCGGUACUCCUUAUAAAUAGGUUAAUUUUAAUAAACCCUUCUGAUAUACAAGUCCUGAAGGAAUAUAAUUCUGUGCACUCUCUCUCUUACGACAUCAAAAGGCUAAUCUAUCAAGGUGAAGAGCUGAUGUAUCAUCUUGGAAUAUUUCCAAAUAAUCAAACAUUCUUCUUUGCAAGAUCGUCUACUAACAACAUCGGGCAAUUGAAUGAGUUUCAAGAGAUUACUCCUCUUUUUAUGCCAAUUACCACAAACUAUCAGGUCUCUUCAACAGCAUCAACUCCAAGCAUCACCACAAGUACGAAGACAAUGACUAUUUCAACCUCAUCUUCUAUCUCGACCACUGACCUAACUUCAUCCAUCAAUCCUACGUUCACCGAGCAUGUGGCCUUGUGGAAUGAAGACCACAUCCAGUCAGUUCAGAGCAACUCCUCAGCGCAGUUGAACUUCACCUGGGCCUGAGCUCCGGCCUCAAAUGGCACGAUCAUUGCUUUUAAUCUAGCUCAGACUGGGACAAAUUCAAUUCUAGAGUGGGUGCAGCUGGAUGCAGUCAAGCAAGAACUGUACCUCAAUACCACUCCAAAGCUCACAGUUGAAGAGACUUUUUAUUUCUCUCUGCAGAUCUCUUUUAACAGUGAAAUCUACUAUAAGAAGUUUGAGAUCACUGUUGAAGAAUGAUCCAUUCAGAAUUGUGUACUCUGUAAACUGGGGAAUUCUAACAUUUGAGAGACAUGAGAAGAUGGCUAUCUAAACUCUAAUGAGCCGGUAUCUUGCUCAAAAAUAGCUGAAAUUCCUGAAACUUUAGGAACAGCAGAAGCUGAGGCUAUUUUGGUGGCUUCAAGUGUAGUACUUGCAAGUGCUUCAUCUAUUCUAUCAUUGUCAUCCAUUAACUCUAUCUUUAGUCUUAUGAAUAGUCUGCAGUUGGCGACAUUAUUACCUCUGGUUCCUGAUUAUUUCUCUCCUAAAGUAUUAGAUUUUCUUAGCGGAAUGGGCUUCACGAUGCUAUCUUUUGACUUUAUUAAGUUCAAAGAUCUACCGUUUGCAAAAGAUCUUACCAACUGGGUGUCAUAUCCUCAGUCUGAUCAAUAUUUGAACAGCCUCGGAAUGAGAUCUGGGAGCUCGGUUGUCAACUACUUAUCACUAAUGGCUAUUAUUUUACUUAUUGCGGUCACUCAUUUUGGAGUAUAUUUGUUGUGUGUGUGAAUUCAGAAUUCCAAACACAGAAAAUGUAAGAAGUUUAUGGAGAGUCUGUUCAAGUUCUUUACAUUCAAUAUUUAUAUAAGGGUAUUCAUCCAAGCAUUUAUGUUCACUACUUUGUCAAUAUUCUCUGAACUAUACAACCUGAAUCUCUCGACAACUGUGACUAAAAUAUCCUUUGGGUUAUGAGUAAUAUUCUGAAUAUGCACAAGUGUACUAUUUCUUCUGUCGUUCUAUAUGUAUUAUAAGUCAUUUCCUCAGGUUGACUCAAAAAAGUAUUGGCCAUGCGUUGAGUACUUUAAUGGGAUAAAACCAACCAAAUUCUCUAAAUUAUACUCAAGUCUUUUUAUGUUAGUAAGAUUAUCAUUGAUUUCCUUACUAAUAUUUGGACAGUCUAUUGGUUCACAUGAUAAAGCCACUUAUUUCUAUUUGGUAAACAUUGCAUACGGAGCCUACUUAAUACUUGUAAGACCAUUUGAAAAUCUCCAAGACAACAUAAUCGAGAUUAUAAACCAGAUAAUUUUCUGUUGUUUGGCUAUUCCUCUAUCUUGGCUAAACACUGAGGAAGCCUGGACCCCAUUCUACGAAAAGUACUACACAACAAUAUUUAUAGUAUCUCCAGCUAUAGGGAGCAUAAUCUGACUAGGUUUCCUCAUUAAAUCAAUCAUAGUAUACAUUUACAAAAGAAAAUCAAAGAAAACCCAACAAAGCAUCACCCCAAAAGAACCCUCUCCAAACCAAAGAGCACCCCAAAUCCAAGAAUUGCCCAACUCCAGACCCCCUCGCUCCAUUAACCAGCCUUCCUCGAGCAUGAGCAGAAGUAAUGCUCUGAUAUUUCCUCGCCAAAGCGGCCAAACCCGGCCACACAGAAUGUUCUACCCUCAAAGAACUCCCAUGAGGAGGAAAUUAAAUCCUCGCAUUUAAUUAUUUACCAAUCUCUCAACUGUGAA